UUUGUUGUCAUUUACAUUUUCUUGCAGACAUUUGCUAUACCAGGAUCAAUAUUUCUCAGUAUUCUAUCAGGAUUUUUAUUCUCUUUUCCUUUAGCUUUAUUUCUUGUAUGUUUGUGUUCCAGUGUAGGUGCAUCAUUCUGUUAUUUAUUGUUCUACCUUGUUGGUCGAAGGCUGGUAAAACAUUAUAUACCGGAUAGAGUAGAUCAGUGGUGUGAACAGGUUAACCAUCAUCGAGACAACCUCCUAAGUUACAUUAUCUUCUUACGUAUCACUCCUUUUCUGCCCAACUGGUUUAUCAACAUUUCUUCUCCAGUGAUAGGUGUUCCACUUUUGCCAUUUUUUGUUGGCACUUUUGUUGGUGUCGCUCCACCAUCUUUUGGUUUUAUCAGUGCAGGAGUUGAACUUUAUGUUUUAACAACCACAGGGGAUGUGAUGUCAUUCAAGUCCAUCAUGAUUGUGAUUGUUUCUGCUCUUCUGUCAUUAGCUCCAGUUAUAUUCAAAAGGCAACUUAGGGCAAAGAUAGAAUAAAAUGAAUCAUUGUAAAUUACGAAUGAUGCACGAUCCUCGCAGUAGAUAGCGCUAUUUAAGCAAUAGAGAAAAUCAGACCUGAGAAAAAUCA